AUGGAAAGUGUGCGAUUCUACCGGUUCCUGUGUGUGUGCCUGUCCCUAUUGACGGUCCUCUGCCGGGGUCAAAGGUUGACCGCCGACAUGCAGAUUCUGUCCGGGCCCGACGGGGAAAAAGUCUUACGGCUUGCGAACAACGACCUGGCGGACUGGCCGCAGGGCUUCCUGGACGAGGCGGAGGCCCGAGCGGGCCCGUCGCUGGAGAAGAAGGCCAGCGUCAUCCCCAGGUGCGACGUCGGCGAACGCUGCGCCAUGAAGCACGGGCCUCGGAUCGGCCGUCUGUGCGACUGCCUGCGGGGGGCGGCGUGCAACACCUUCUUCCUGCGCUGCUACUGAACGCCCUGCGACUGCGACUGCGCCUGCGAGGACGCCUGCAUCCCCUUUCGCGAUCACCUACGACGUUUAACAACAUUUUUGCAGCACUUAACUACACUUUACAACACUUCAAAGCAAUUUAUGUUACAAGAUUUUACAGUACGUUGCAAGAUUUUGCAACACUUUUACCUCACUUUACUACACUUUACAACGCCAACAACAGUUUACAACACUUGCACUGCAUCUUGCUACACUUUGCAACAGUUUUCAACACCCGACUGCACUUUGCAGUGCUUCGCAUUUUACAACACUUUAGCACAGUUUGCAGCACUUUGAAGCAUAACAUAGUACAACAAGCAGAACUGUACACAAAUUCUCAUGUCCAGCUAGCAGGCUAACGGCUAGCUAUCGCAACACGAGCCUAAACAACAAAGUAGAACACUAAAAGUUUGCUUUUAAAAAGCUAAUUGUUACGUUCUGACGUGAAUGCGCUGUUUUCGGAGGU